UAGCAACAGAAGAAACAAGAUGCCAGAGCAUUGUGCAUCGUACUCCUGCUCAAAUCGGCGGACUAUUGAAAACAGGGCUUGGGGGAUUACUUUUCACAAGUUUCCCAAGAAUAAAGAUGUGAGGAAGAAGUGGGAAGUGGCUAUGAGGAGGGAAGGAUUUACUGCCACUUGUUCCUCAGUGCUUUGCAGUCACCAUUUCAAGGAAGAAGAUUUUGAUAGGACGGGUCAGAUUGUUCGACUCCGAGAUGGUGUUAUUCCAUCCGUCUUCAGCUUCCCAGUUCACCUCCAAAGAUUGGAAAAGGGCAGGGCUACGUCUACCUCCAGAAGAGCUGAAGAAAGCCUGUCCGUGGCCUCUCAGGAUUCCCAAGAAAUGUCAACCUCACACCCACAACCUCAGGCUAAUGAUGAUCAUGGCUAUGCCUUGCCUGCGUCUCCUACCGCUCUUAAGACCAGACUCAAUGAGGCCUUGGCAAGAGUGGAAAGUCUGGAGCAAGACAAGAAGAAUGCCAUGGCCAGAGAAAAGAGGGCACAGACCACAGUAAAGAGUCUUUUGGGGGAUUUGAGGGAAAAGAACCUCAUUAAUGAAGAGCUCCAAGAGAAGCUUGAAUUCUACUCCGAUCUUCAGAUAGACCUCAUGGCAAAGCAGUGUCAUGAGUACACAAAGGACUAUAGAGAGUUUGCGCUCACGCUCCAUCUACAUGGUCCAAAGGCAUACAAAUACCUCCGAGAGACUCAACAUUUUCCCCUCCCACAUCCACAUACAUUACAAAGGUGGUUGCGUUCGGUGGAUGCCAAGCCUAGUCUGAACAAGAUGAUGCUGGAUAUGCUGGAGAGAAGAUGCCAAGCAGUGUGUUUCACUCAUGUUGGAUGCCAUGUCCCUCAGAAAACAUGUGCAAUAUAAUCCACAUACCCAGUCAAUGUCUGGUUUUGUAGACAUGGGUGAUGGAAUCAGUGAGACUGAUUUUGCUACUGAGGCUCUUGUGUUCAUGGUGGUUGGCCUACAAGGACAUUGGAAGGCUCCCAUAGCUUACUUCCUGACUAAGUCUCUCUCUCCAUAAACACAAAGGGUCCUUCUCAGUCAUGCUUUGGAGGAAUUGCAUGCACGGGGCAUGCCUCCAAUGUCAGCAUGUGCAACCAACUUGGGUGUGAGCUGAAGGGAGACCCACGAGAGCUGCUUCAAACCAGUUUCUCGCAUCCAGUGACUGGCAAGAAAGUUUUUGUAAUGAUGGACGGUGGUCACAUGCUCAAGUUGGCACGUAAUAUGUUGCAGGCAUACAGUUCAAUUGCAACGACCACUGGACAGAUCAAUUGGAAGUACAUCAAUCAUCUCAAUGACGUGCAAAAAAAAGAUGGACUUCAUGCUGCCAAUAAAAUUAUAGACAAACAUGUCUACUUUGAGAACCACAAGAUGAGGGUGUCCCUGGCUGCACAGACACUGAGUCGCUCCGUGUCAGUGGCUCUCCGCGCAAUGAGGGAUCUUGGGUACUUUCAGUUUAAGGACUGUGAGGCAACGGCAGAAUUCAUUGAGAUUAUUGACGGGCUCUUCAAUACAAUGAAUGGACGCAAUCCUCGUGCCAAAGGAUUCAAAGCUCCCUUGGGUGCUCUGAAUUGGAUGGAGAGGAAAGCAUUUUUGUCAAGAGCCAGGGAGUACUUGCUCACUUUGGUGACAAAAGAUGGAACACCCCUUCACCGAUCUAAGAGGUCUAUUAUAUUAGUGCUUGUUAAGUUCAUGACAUGAGUUCAACGAUACUCUGUUCCCCCUAUGCAUCGAGUUCCUAAGAUGCUGCGUUCUGUUAUGCAUCGAGUUCCUAAGAUGCUGCGUUCUGUUAUGCAUCGAGUUCCUAAGAUGCUGCGUUCUGUUAUGCAUCGAGUUCCUAAGAUGCUCCUAAGUUUUGUUUAUGUCUGAAUUAUCUUGUAAUCAGUGUGUUUUUCAGGUCCUAGAUGCUAUCUUGUCCUAUGUCCUAUGAUGUUAUCUUGUUUAAAUGUUUUUCAAUAUGCAGUUUUGUUUUUGUUGGAAUUAUCUUGUAUUCAGUGUGUUUCAGGUCCUAGAUGUUUCUAAAUGGUAUGUAUUACACAACAUCAAGUACAUGUAGGUGUCAAAAUGGUAGGUAUUGGUAGGUAUUGCAUGUGUUCCCAAGUUCUCCCAGUUCUGCAAUUACAUUGUUCCAAGUUAUUGUUCCAUUGUUUACAAGUAUACUGUAUAAGUUAAACAAGACACUGAUCCCAUUCCUAAAAACAUGGAUGCAAACUAAUUAUCUAUCCGCCCUGGUAGCUGUUUACCAUUUUCAUUCUCUGUGAGUUUGCACCCCUGUGAUAGGCACUCAAGAAUGGG